UCUGCACUGGAGCUGCCUGGUGACCAGGAGUUUGGAAUGGACGGAGACCCGGGCCCACGGGGAGAGGAAGGGCCAGCCGGUGCCGGGAAAGGGAAGCGGUUUGGGGAAAACAAAACAGAGGGAGGAGCCAGGGAGAAGGUGGCCCCAGGAGGGAGGAGGAGGGAAUUCGCUAAGAGGGACUGGGGCCUGGGACGGAAUGGGGGCGGGCCCCCGGCGGGGUGGGGGCCCCUGGGCUCCCAGGCUCGGAGCUGGCUCGGAUACUGGCUGGCUCCACAGGUCCGCUGACGUCGCCGCCCAGAUGGCCUCCAGGCUGACCCUGCUGACCCUCCUGCUGCUGCUGCUGGCUGGGGAUAGAGCCUCCUCAAAUCCAAAUGCUACCAGCUCCAGCUCCUGGGAUCCAGAGAGUUUGCAAGAGGGAAGCGAAGGGAAGAUCGCAGUGGCAAAUAACUCCAAGAUGCUAUUCAUUGAAUCCAUCCUGGAGGCUUCCAGCUUGCCAACAACCAACUCAACAACCAAUUCAUCCACCAAAAUAACAGCUAAUACCACUGAUGAACCAACCACCCAACCCACCACCCAACCCACCAUCCAGCCUAUCCAACCAACUACCCAGCUCCCCACAGAUUCUCCUACUCAGCCCACUACUGGUCCCUUCUGCCCAGGACCUGUUACUCUCUGCUCUGACUUGGACAGUCAUUCAACAGAGGCCAUGUUGGGGGACGCUUUGGUAGAUUUCUCCCUGAAGCUCUACCACGCCUUCUCAGCAAUGAAGAAGGCAGAGACCAACAUGGCCUUUUCCCCAUUCAGCAUUGCCAGCCUCCUCACCCAGGUCCUGCUCGGGGCUGGGGAGAACACCAAAACAAACCUGGAAAACGUCCUCUCCUACCCCAAGGACUUCGCCUGUGUCCACCAGGCUCUGAAGGGCUUCACAACCAAAGGUGUCACCUCAGUCUCUCAGAUCUUCCACAGCCCAGACCUGGCCAUAAGGGACACCUUUGUGAAUGCCUCUCAGACCCUGUACAGCAGCAGUCCCAGAGUCCUGAGCAACGACAGUGACGCCAACCUGGAGCUCAUCAACACCUGGGUGGCCAAGAACACCAACAACAAGAUCAGCCGGCUGCUAGACAGCCUGCCCUCCGAUACCCGCCUUGUCCUCCUCAAUGCCAUCUACCUGAGUGAGCACCUCUCCCACCUCUUCCCUCUAGCCAAGUGGAAGACAACAUUCGAUCCCAAAAAAACCAGAAUGGAAACUUUUCACUUCAAAAACUCGGUUAUAAAAGUGCCCAUGAUGAAUAGCAAGAAGUACCCUGUGGCCCAUUUCAUUGACCAAACUUUGAAGGCCAAGGUGGGGCAACUGCAGCUCUCCCAUAAUCUGAGUUUGGUGAUCCUGGUACCCCAGAACCUGAAACAUCAUCUUGAAGACAUAGAACAGGCUCUCAGCCCUUCUGUUUUCAAGGCCAUCAUGAAGAAGCUGGAGAUGUCCAAGUUCCAGCCCACUCUCCUAGUACUGCCCCGCAUCAAAGUGAUGACCAACCAGGAUAUGCUGUCAAUCAUGGAGAAACUGGAAUUCUUCGACUUUUCUUAUGACCUCAACCUGUGUGGGCUGACAGAGGACCCAGAUCUUCAGGUUUCUGCGAUGCAGCACCAGGCAGUGCUGGAACUGACAGAGACUGGGGUGGAGGCGGCUGCAGCCUCUGCCAUCUCUGUGGCCCGCGCCCUGCUCAUCUUUGAAGUGCAGCAGCCCUUCCUCUUCCUCCUCUGGGACCAGCAGCACAAGUUCCCUGUCUUCAUGGGGCGAGUAUAUGACCCCAGGGCUUGAGACCUGCAGGGUCAGGUUAGGGCGAGCGCUACCUCUCCAGCCUCAGCUCUCAGUUGCAGCCCUGCUGCUGCCUGCCUGGACUUGGCCGCUGCCACCUCCUGCCUCAGGUGUCUGCUCUCCACCAAAAGGGCUCCCUGAGGGUCUGGCCACCCUUGGCUUCUAUUAGCCCUUCUCCAUGGCCCUGCCAUGGUCUCCAAACCACUUUUUGCAGCUUUCUCUUGUUCAAGUUCACCAGACUCUACAAAUAAAACCUGGCAGACCAUGA